AAAACAAUAGACAAUGUACGAGAUCGAAGCAUCGGCUGUCAGAAUUCGCGCCGUGGAAGAGUAAUGGCUCUACAAAUAGCUCCUUUCUAUAAAUACGCAGUGUUCAGUUACUCGCGAGACGGCUCGGUUACCUGAGUCCGUGCUGUAGUUACAUUGUACCCAACAUGACUGCUCCGGCCGCGCGGUACGAAGUACAAACUUGUGAAAAACUCGGCAGAUACUUAGUAGCGGCAAAAGAUUUGAAAGCGGGUGAGACGAUCCUGUCAGAUGAGCCGUUUGUCUUGGGGCCCAACAGCGAGUCGUCGCUCGUUUGUUUCAACUGCUACUUGCCUCUGAUGAGCAAGUUCGUCGUCUGCAAGAAAUGUGCGGUUGCACCCGUAUGUCCCGGCGAAGGGUGCCCGGAAAAUCUUCAUAAAAAAUGGCAUUCCGACAUGGAAUGCGAUUUUUUCAGAAGUAUUAAACUGACCAAUGGCCUCCAUCCGAUGACGCUGGUGCAAAACGUAGGAUCCCUACUGGUACUGCGCGCUUUUAUAAAGAGAACUGUUGAAGCUCAAGCAUGGAAGGAGUUCAUGCAGCUAGAAACGCAUUUGGAAGAACGGAAGGGCACUAGAGUCUGGGAGUUUUCGGAAGACACUGUCAAGUUCAUCCAAUCUCUAAGUAUCAUGGACGACAUACCAGACAGUGAAUUAAUUCAGAAGAUUUGCGCAGCCAUUGACGUGAACAGUUUCGAAGUCCGCGGCCCGGCGGUGCCUGCGCUUGGUUGCGCUGAAAUUUUGCGCGGGGUCUACUUGAAAGCGGCCCUGUUGGCCCAUGACUGUGUGGGAAACACGCAUAUGUCUAUAAAUGAUAAUAAUUUGUUGGUGUGCCAUGCUAGCACUGAUAUCAAGAAAGGAGAACCUAUAUUUUAUAAUUAUACUGAUCCUUUGAAGGGCACGUCAAUACGUCAACAGCACUUAUUAAUCGGCAAGUACUUCAAGUGCACCUGCAGCCGAUGCUCAGAUGUCACGGAGAUCGGGACCUACAUGAGCUCCGUCAUUUGUCCAGAGUGUAAGACUGGUUAUGUUUCUCACACUACUCCUGAGGAGUGGAGUUGUAACAACUGCGCGAAAACCUUCCCCGAAAACAAUAUGGCGUUCAAAGUUCAGUGCUGUGUGGAUAAGUUUGGAGUUAUAAACAAAAAAGACGAAAAGGAACUUGAAGAAUACAUAAGAAACGUUUCCCUGAUUCUUGCUCCCAACCACUAUUUGCUACUAGAGGCUAAACAACGUUUAGCAGGAGUACUGAGAGACACGAUAAAUAGAGAACCGAGGCCCACUAAGAAACUCAUGAGACGCAAGAUGGAAUUAUGCAAGGAAAUACUACCAGUCAUUGAAACAUUAUGCCCUGGAAUUUCUAGGACCAAAGCAAUCACACUCUAUGAACUGCAUGCUGCGAUGGUACAGCUAGCAAAAAAACUUUUUGAUGGGCGCGAAAUCUCUGGCUCAGCAUAUAUGGAUGAAUUAAUGUCUGCUGAGAAACUUUUAAAACGGUCUUUGGAAAUGCUGUUUAUCGAGCCAGGGAAUUCGCCAGAAGGUGAACUUUGUGCGAAGGCACUCGAAGAGUACAGAGCGUUGAAGGCAACGAUGAGCGGUGUUUUAGAUGCGUUACAUUCUGAAGGAAAGUCUUAUGUUUGUGCUACAGAUGCAAAUCGUCCCGAACCUAAAUAAAUGUAACAUG